UGACAAUAUAGUUACAGAAUAACAUUACAUCUAAUCGGAGACGAAAGAGUGCUUGAUUUGAGAAAAUUUGUGAGGUUAUUUUUAUAUAGUGUCUUGAACUGUAAUCUCAAAUCAUUAAUUACAAAAUGAAGAGAUCGCGUUCUACUCGAGACAAAGAUAAUUAUGAACAUCAUAGACAUUCUAGAGAAGAUUAUAAUCGAGAUCGAAAUAGUGAACGUAACCGUGAUCGAAGUCGAGAUCGAGAUCGCAAUCGUGAUCGUUAUUAUUAUGAUGAUAGAAGUAAUAAAAAGGACCUUUCUUAUAAGAGACAUCAUGAUUUUGAUGAAUCUAGUAAAGAAAUACAAUCACAUGAUCGACACAAAUUAAAGAAAACAAGAGAUUAUGAAAAGGAAAAUAGAAAAAAAACAGAAGAAAGUAAAAUUACAAAUAAAGAAAUGGAAAAUAAAAAAGAAACAAAUGCUUCUGAUGCGAUUGAAAGACAAAAUAGAACUGUUGAAUUAUUAACAUCAAGAACAGGUGGUGCAUAUAUACCACCUGCAAAAUUACGUUUAAUGCAGGCAGAAAUAACUGAUAAAUCAGGAGCUGCAUAUCAACGUAUUGCAUGGGAAGCUCUUAAAAAAUCUAUACAUGGUUACAUUAAUAAAGUUAAUGUUAGUAAUAUUGGACUUAUAACUCGAGAACUUUUAAAAGAAAAUAUUGUUAGAGGUAGAGGAUUACUUGCUAGAUCUAUCAUACAAGCACAAGCAGCAUCACCUACAUUUACGUCUGUUUAUGCAGCUCUCACAGCAAUUAUUAAUUCUAAAUUUCCAAAUAUUGGAGAAUUAAUAUUGAAACGUCUUAUAAUACAAUUCAAACGUGGUUUUAGAAGAAAUGAUAAACCUCUUUGCAUAUCUUCUGGAACAUUUAUAGCACACUUGGUAAAUCAAAGAGUAGCUCAUGAAAUUGUAGCAUUAGAAAUUUUAACUUUGUUAGUGGAAACACCAACAGAUGAUUCUGUAGAAGUUGCAAUUGCAUUUUUAAAAGAAUGUGGAAUGAAAUUGACAGAAGUUUCAAGAAAGGGUAUUGAAGCUAUAUUUGAAAUGUUACGAAAUAUAUUACAUGAAGGACAAUUAGAUAAACGAGUUCAAUACAUGAUUGAAGUAAUGUUUCAAGUGCGAAAAGAUGGAUUUAAAGACCACGAAGCUGUUGCAGAAGAACUUGAUCUUGUGGAAGAAGAAAAUCAAUUUACUCAUUUAAUAACAUUAGAUGAAGCAACUGAUUCUCAAGAUAUAUUGAAUGUUUUUAAAUUUGAUGGAGAAUAUAUAAAUAAUGAAGAUAAAUACAAACAAUUGAGUAAAGAGAUAUUAGGUUCAGAUAUUAGUGAUUCAGAAAAUGAAGAAGAAGAUGAUGAAGAAGAAAGUUCUGAUGAAGAUAGUAGUACUGCUGCAACAGAAGGGAAAGAAGGUGUAAUUGUAGAUAACACUGAAACAAACUUAACAGCUUUAAGACGUACAAUAUAUUUAACUAUACAUUCCUCGCUUGAUUUCGAAGAAUGUGCACAUAAAUUAAUGAAAAUGCAAUUAAAACCUGGUCAGGAAACUGAACUUUGUCAUAUGUUCUUAGAUUGUUGUGCAGAAAUGAGAACAUAUGAAAAAUUUUUUGGAUUGUUAGCUGGCCGUUUUUGCGCAAUUAAUAAGAUAUAUGUUACACCAUUCGAGCAAAUUUUUCAAGAUUCAUAUCAUACAAUACAUAGAUUAGAUACAAAUAAAUUACGAAAUGUAUCAAAAUUUUUUGCUCAUUUAUUAUUUACUGAUUCUAUAUCGUGGGAAGUAUUAUCUUGUAUAAAAUUAACUGAAGAAGAUACAACAAGUUCUAACAGAAUAUUUAUUAAAAUUUUAUUUCAAGAACUUUCUGAAUACAUGGGAUUAUCUAAACUUAAUCAACGAGUGAAAGAUAUUACAUUACAACAUGCAUUCGAAGGAUUAUUUCCUAGAGAUGAUCCUAAAAACACUCGUUUUGCGAUAAAUUUUUUCACAUCUAUUGGUUUAGGUGGUCUUACUGAUGAUUUAAGAGAGCAUUUAAAAUCUCAUCCAAAACCUGUUAUAAUACCUACAUUAGAACAUAAAAGUGAAAGUGCUUCACAUUCUUCACCAGAUUCUUCUUCUUCUAGUUCAAGUAUAACAUCAUCUUCAUCCUCUUCAAGUAGUUCUGAUUCUGAUGAUUCUGAUGAGUCUUCAGAUGAGAAAUUAAAAAAAGAAAAGAAAAAGUUAAAUAAAGAACGAAAAAAGAAAAAAAUGAUAAAAGAAAAUAAAAAAAAAUAUAAGAAGAAAGAAAAAUCUAAAAAAGUAAAAAAACUCAAGUAGAAUUUAAGUGAACAAUAAUUGUUAUUAUCUUUCAUAGAUUCAGGUUAUUAUUUUGAACGACAUGCUAGAAAUCAGCAUGUAUUAUGUGGUAUUAUAUGGUUUUGAAAAAACAGUGUUAAUAUAAAAAAUAUAGAAACUAGAAAGAUUUGUAUAUAAAUAAAAAA